AUGUCUCUUUCUAAGGAGUCAGAUGAACUUGUUCUUUUUGUGAAUGGAAGAAAGGUCAUCGAGAAGAAUCCAGACCCUGAAGUAAAUUUAUUGUUGUACCUGAGGAAAACAGUCGGACUCACAGGGACCAAGUAUGGCUGUGGAGGAGGGGAUUGUGGUGCUUGCACAGUGAUGAUCUCAAGAUACAACCCCAUCUCUAAAAAGAUCCGUCACUUCUCUGUCACUGCCUGCCUGGUGCCCAUUUGCUCUCUCUAUGGGGCCGCCAUCACCACCGUGGAAGGUGUUGGAAGCACCAAAACCAGAAUUCACCCCGUGCAGGAAAGGAUUGCUAAAGGCCAUGGCACCCAGUGCGGGUUCUGCACCCCAGGAAUGGUGAUGAGCAUCUAUACUCUCCUGAGGAACCACCCGGAACCCUCCACAGAGCAGUUAAUAGAAACUUUAGGUGGUAAUUUAUGCCGCUGCACGGGAUACAGACCCAUUGUGGAGAGCGGGAAAAGUUUUAGUCCUAGUUCAUCUUGCUGUCAAAUGAACGGGGAAGGGAAAUGUUGUUUGACUCAAGAAGAAAAUGAGCCUGGGAACAAAGCUAGUGUUUGUACCAGAUUGUAUGAUAAAGAAGAAUUUCAGCCCUUGGACUCAACCCAGGAAUUUAUAUUUCCACCUGAACUAAUGAUAUGUUCUUUGUCUUCUAUUUCUAGAAUGGCAGAAGAACCCCAAAAGAAAAUUCUGACUUUCCAUGGGGAGAGGAUUACCUGGAUCACCCCAGGAACUCUAAGUGACCUUCUGGAGCUGAAAAUGAAGUAUCCUAAAGCCCCUCUUGUGAUGGGGAACACCUCUGUUGGGCUUGAUAUGAAGUUCAAGGAAGUUUUCCAUCCAGUUAUUCUCUCUCCUGCAAUUUUGGAAUUGUUUCUCGUAACUAAUACAAACGCAGGGCUUACACUAGGUGCCGGCCUCAGCCUGGCCCAGGUGAAGGACAUACUGGCUGAUGUGAUCUGGAAGCUCCCAGAAGAGAGGACACAGACAUACCGGGCUCUCUUGAAACAUCUGAGAACGCUGGCUGGACAACAGAUAAGGAACAUGGCUUCCUUAGGAGGUCAUAUUAUCAGCAGACUUUCUACUUCUGAUCUCAACCCCAUUUUGGGUGUAGGCAAUUGCAUCCUCAACAUUGCUUGUAUAGAAGGAACACAGCAAAUUCCUUUAAACAGUCAUUUUCUUGCGGGAACAGCACAUGCAAAUCUUAAACCAGAACAAGUCCUAGUGUCUGUUUUCAUUCCUGUCUCUAAAAAGUGGGAGUUUGUGUCAGCUUUUAGGCAGGCCCCACGUCAACAAAACGCCCUUGCCACAGUGAAUGCUGGAAUGAGGCUCCUUUUCAAAGAUGGUACAAACACCAUUGAGGAGUUAAGCAUCUUCUAUGGAGGAGUUGGCCCUACUACAAUCAGUGCAAAUAAGUCCUGUGAGCAACUUAUUGGAAGGUGCUGGGACGAGGGAAUGUUAAGUGAAGCUUGCAGGCUUGUUCUAGAUGAAAUCAGCCUUCUAGGCUCCACUCCCAGAGGAAUGGUGGAAUUCAGAAGAACUCUCAUGCUCAGUUUCCUCUUCAAAUUCUACUUAGAUGUGUUGCAGCAGUUAAAGAAGCAGGACCCCAGUGGAUAUCCUGAUAUCUCACAGAAAUUUCUAAGUGCCCUGGAAGACUUUCCUUUGACCAUACCUCAUGGGAUACAGUCAUACAAGGACGUAGAAUUCCGUCCCCAGCAGCACCCCCAAGACCCCGUUGGAAGGCCCAUCAUGCAUCAGUCAGGUAUUAAGCAUGCCAUGGGGGAAGCUGUAUUUUGUGAUGACAUGCCUGCCUUUGCAGAAGAACUCUUUCUGGCCGUGGUAACCAGCACCAAACCACAUGCUAAACUCAUUUCCAUCGAUGCCUCUGAGGCCCUGACAUUACCUGGUGUGGUGGAUGUGAUAACAGCUCAGAAUGUGCCAGGUGACAAUGGCAGUGAAGAAGAAAGACCGUAUGCACAGGAAGAGGUGGUUUGUGUUGGUCAGAUUAUCUGUGCUGUGGCUGCUGAUUCAUAUGCUCAUGCCAAGGAGGCUACCAGAAAGGUGAAGAUCACGUACCAAGAUGUGGAGCCUGUGAUUGUGAGCAUUCAGGAUGCAAUAAAACACAAAUCAUUCAUUGGGCCUGAAAAAAAACUAGAGCAAGGAAACAUUGAAGAGGCAUUUCAAUCCGUUGAUCAAAUCAUUGAAGGGGAAGUACACUUUGGAGGACAGGAACAUUUUUAUAUGGAAACUCAAAGUGUCCUUGUGGUUCCAAAGGCAGAAGAUAAAGAAAUGGACAUAUAUGUGUCAGGCCAGCAUGCAGCAUUUGUACAGGAAACAGUGGCCUCUGCCUUGAGUGUGCCAAAGAACAGGAUCAACUGCCAUGUGAAAAGGGUUGGGGGAGCCUUUGGAGGGAAAACGAGUAAACCUGCAUUUCUGGCAGCAGUGGCAGCUGUGGCAGCAGACAGGACUGGUCACCCAAUUCGUUUUAUUCUAGAGCGUGGAGAUGACAUGUUAAUAACAGGAGGACGCCACCCCCUACUUGGGAAAUACAAGAUUGGCUUCAUGAACAACGGGAAAAUUGAGGCAGCAGGCAUUGAAUAUCACAUCAACGGAGGCUGCACACCAGAUAACUCUGAACUGGUUAUAGAAUAUGCUUUGCUCAAAAUGGAAAAUGCUUGUAAGAUUCCCAACCUGCGUGUCCGAGGCCAAGCCUGCAAGACCAACUUGCCAUCCAAUACAGCCUUCCGGGGGUUUGGUUUUCCUCAAGGAGCAUAUGUAACAGAGACCUGGAUGAAUGCUGUGGCAGCCAAAUGUCACCUGCCACCAGAGAAGGUGAGGGAGUUAAACAUGUACAAAACAAUUGAUAGGACAAUUCACAAGCAAGAGUUUAAUCCAAAGAAUUUGAUAAGAUGUUGGGAGAAAUGUAUGGAAAACUCUUCCUACUACCUCAGGAAGAGGGCUACUGAGAAGUUUAACCAGCAGAAUUACUGGAAGAAAAGAGGAAUUGCCAUUAUUCCCAUGAAAUUCUCAGUUGGAUAUCCAAAGACAUUUUAUUUUCAGGCUGCUGCUCUGGUUCACAUCUACACAGAUGGGUCAGUCUUGGUUGCUCAUGGUGGAGUUGAAUUGGGACAAGGUGUUAACACCAAAAUGAUACAGGUGGCCAGCUGUGAAUUAAAGAUACCCAUGUCUUACAUUCACCUUGGUGAGAUGAACACUGUGACAGUCCCCAACACAAUUGCCACUGCAGCAUCCACAAGUGCAGAUGUCAAUGGAAAAGCUGUGCAGAAUGCCUGUCAGACCUUGAAGAGAUGCCUAGAACCCAUUAUCAGCCAGAGUCCUCAUGGCUCCUGGGAAGACUGGGUUAGUACCAAGUCUUUUUUUACUCAAAGCAUUAGUCUCUCUGCCACGGGAUACUUUAGGGGCUAUGAAUCUCACAUGGACGGGGAGAAGGGAGAAGGCGAUAUAUUUCCUUACUUUGUUUUUGGAGCUGCCUGUUCUGAGCUUGAAAUUGAUUGUCUGACAGGAGCUCACAAGAACACUAGAACUGACAUUAUCAUGGAUGCUUCUUUCAGUAUAAACCCUGCUGUGGACAUAAGACAGAUUGAAGGGGCAUUUACUCAAGGCCUUGGACUUUAUACCCUAGAAGAGCUGAAAUACUCACCUGAAGGAGUCCUAUACACAAGUGGUCCAGAACAGUACAAGAUUCCUUCAAUUACUGAUAUCCCAGAGGAACUUCAUGUGUCCCUGCUGACACCAACCCAAAAUCCAAUCGCAAUCUACUCCUCCAAGGGCCUGGGCGAGUCAGGAAUGUUUCUCGGUUCUUCCGUGUUCUUCGCCAUAACCGAUGCUGUGGCUACAGCUCGAAAGGAGAGGGGCCUGGCCCCAAUUUUGUCCAUGAACAGGCCGGCCACAUCGGAGCAGAUUCGAAUGGCCUGUGUGGACCGGUUUACAGACCUGGAAAUGCUUUUGAAGAGAACAUCCAGUGUCCUGAUGACCAACGACAGCAAAGCAAAAGUGAUGCCAUUAAUACUAGUGUUCUGGUGCAAAGAGGAGAAUUUAAACAAAAUAUGUCAGGCCAAUCUGUUUUCUCCAGUACAUUGA